AUGAAUAAGGGUAGCAAAAAAAGAUCACGUGUUUCCUACGAGCAGCGUGAAAAAAUGUUUGAAUUUAUGGUGGCGCAUCCCGAUUUUGCCAGAAAUCGGGUUGCAGGCGCAGAGGUGUUAAAGCUAAAGCUGCCAAAAUCCACCGUGCUCAGCAGCAGACUGGUGGAGGGCCUGGACCUGCACCCUUAUCUGCCAUGGAGGAAUCUCUAA